CCAGGCACCCGACCAGGAGGCAAUCUUUACCAGCAGUGCCUAUAGAACCAACACCUUCACCCAUCGAAUCAGCAGCAGGGGUCUCUUCGGACAGUGAGGGGACAACUUCCCAGAUGGGUCAACCGCCAUACAUGGCAUCAGACUCAUCCAUUUCGAAGGAAGGACCAACUGCCCUCGCCGAAGCUGACCCUCAAAACGACAUCCUUGAUGUUGCUGAUCCCGAAAUCGAAGGUGCCCCAGAGAUCCCGGCUGCAGUGGCUCUAGAUGCAGCCGCCCAACCUGCAGCCGCCCAACCAGCAGCGGCGCUCCCUCUAGCCAUCGAGUGGCAGGCAGAAGAACCACCUGCGGCAAUCCAACCUCCAGAAAUGGAAGAAAUGUCUUCGUCCGAAUCGGAGACUUCUGUGAAUUUGAUUCUUCUGGAUACUGCCUCAAUUCCAGUAAAUCUGUUAAAGAAACAGUCGGUAAAGGAUUGA